AUGCUUCCACAAGAACCAAAUUUCUGGUUGGAUUUCACAAUCGGUGGUGUUGCAGCAGCAGCAUCCAAAACAGUCGUCGCCCCCAUUGAACGCGUGAAGCUCUUAUUGCAAACUCAAGAAGCAAAUCCUGACAUCAGGUCGGGACGCACUCCUCGCUAUUCGAGUAUGAUUGACUGUUUUUCACGAGUCGCAAGGGAGCAAGGCGUUCUUUCCUACUGGAGAGGGAACCUAGCGAAUUGCGUGCGGUAUUUUCCGACGCAAGCAUUCAAUUUUGCAUUUAGAGAUACGGCAAAGUCCAUGUUUCCAAAAUAUGACAAAUCCAAAGAACUGGGGAAGUUCCUUUGCGCUAAUAUUGCAUCAGGGAGUGUUGCUGGAGCUGCUAGCCUCUGCAUCGUCUACCCACUAGAUUUCGCACGGACACGUCUGGCUGCAGACGUGGGAAAAGCCACACAGCGUGAAUUUGUUGGGGUCGUCGAUUGUAUAAGAAAGGUGACAACGCAAACUGGGAUUUUUUCUCUUUACCGGGGUUUUUGGGUUUCGGUCCAAGGUGUAAUUGUGUACAGAGGAGCCUAUUUCGGUUUGUACGAUACGGGGAAAAGUGUUUUGUUUGAGGAUGAGCGGAACGCGAACGUGUUUUUGAAGUGGGUCGUUGCGCAAACCGUAACGACAUGCGCUGGAAUUGUCGCUUAUCCAUUUGAUACAGUUAGAAGACGGAUGAUGAUGAUGUCGGGGAGACAAAGUCGAAUGAUACAAUAUUCAGGGACGAUUGACUGCUGGACAAGGAUCAUGAAAGAAGAAGGUGGAAAAGCAUUUUUUAAAGGAGGGUGGUCAAAUGUGCUUCGAGGUAUGGGGGGGGCGCUUGUUUUGGUUUUGUACGAUGAGAUGCAAAAAAUAUUCCAAUGA